AUGCUGUGUCAGCAACUUCACUUUGCUCCCCUGGGUGAUAACCCUCAUCAGAUCCUAGAUAUCGGUACCGGCACAGGCAUAUGGGCUAUCGAGAUGGCCGACCAGUACCCUAGCGCAACGGUCCUCGGGGUCGACCUCAGUCCCAUCCAGCCAGAAUGGGUACCGCCAAAUGUCCGCUUCAUGGUUGAUGAUGUCGAGAGCCCGUGGCUGCACCCCAACAAUUACUUUGACUACAUCCACUCAAGACACACAGUAAUGGCCAUCAAAGAUUGGCCGAAACUAUUUAGGCGAUCCCUGGAACAUCUUCGACCUGGCGGUUGGAUCGAGCUUCAGGAGAUCUACCACUACCCCAUCAGCGACAAUGGCAAAAUGAAGCCCGACCAUCCCGUGGCGCAGUACUGGGCACUGAUCAACGAGGGCCUAACGAAUCUGGGUGUUGAUUUUCAUGCCGCCUCUGACGAUCGGCUGGGCAACAUGAUGCGAGACUGUGGCUUUAUCAAUGUCUCUGAGCGUGUCUUCCACGUCCCCAUCGGGACCUGGCCCAAGAACAAGGUUCUCAAGACAGUCGGGCUAUACUGGAGGACAAUCUUGCUCGACGGCAUCCAGGCCAUCGCGCUUGGCCCGCUGACGCGAGGCUGCAAAUGGACAAAAGAGCAAGUGGAGGUGUUUCUAGUCAGCGUGCGUAAGGCGUACCAUGACAACUCCUGCUUGAUGUACAUGCCUCUACGAAUUGUCUACGGACAGAAACCAGAGCAUUUGUACUGA